CGGAACGUCACAUCACUAGUGUAAACUACUGCGGACUUAAAUAAUUAAUUUAACACAAGUAUGUCCGUGACAUUAAAGAAAUUAGAGCAGAUGUACAGAAGUGACAGAUUAAGAAACCGUUUAUUAGUUUAAAAGCUACAUUUCACGUCAGAGCUGACUGAAGCUUAGGGCUGCCGUUAGCUAACGUUAGCUUGUGAUAGUUGAGCAGCCACAGAAGCCAACAGUUAAACUCAAGCUGAAGGUGAUUUAAUGAACGUGAGGCAGAGCACCUGGUGGAAUCAGCUGUAGCGUUAAAGUCCAGGAUGCUGCAGGGGCCAUACGGAAGCCUGGACCGGGACCGGCCCCUCAUCCGGCUCCGUUUUACCAGCUUUGCUGUGGGGACGGUGCUGCUUCCUCUGACCGGCCUCGUCGCCUGCCUCUUCAUUUCACUCAUGUACCACUUUGAGGAUGCAACAUACACACACUGUCAAGUGUCAAACUACCUCCCGUCCAUCAGCUCUGCCAUCAGCCGCAUGCCCGAGCGUUACAUCUGGCGCGGCUGCAUCGGCCUGCACUCAGCACCGCGCUACCUCGUGACCAUCACCUAUUUCAACUUCUACCACAGCCGCUUCGCCAGGAGGCUCCCAGAGCUGCUGCUGAGUGUUCUGGCCCUCCUGUGCAGCCUGGCCGAGAACACGGGCCUGCUGCUGCUCACAUACGUGUCGUCCACUGAAACCUACAAUAUCCAUAAAAAUGGCUUCACUGUGUUCAUAGCGAGCUCGCUGCUGCACAUGCUCUUUACAUGCAUACUGUGGCGGGUGAUCAGCUCAUACCAUGUGAACCCAGAGGAGAGGACGUCAUACCGAUGGAAAGUGCGUCUCUUUCUGUUCAACAGCUGCUGUUGUGGGGCGGCAUAUUACUUCUUCAGACGCCACAACCACUACUGCGAACAAGGAAUCUACACCCUGUUUGCCUUCUUUGAGUACCUGGUGGUCUUCUCCAACAUGGCCUUCCACAUGACGGCCUUCUGGGACUUUGGGAGCAAAGAGGUGAUUGUGGCCACGCCGCCUGAAGACAAGCGCUACUGAGCUGCAGCCUCAGCUGUUGGACACAGGUGAAAGAAGUCUGCUGGAACGUUAGUUUAAACUCCCGCUUACACCUUGAACACAUGUAGGCAGCAUCCUGAUGCUGUUUGUUAGCUCUGCAGGAGAGAUUAAACCUUCACCUGAUCACCCAGCAACACCUGUGUUCUUGUACCUGCAGCUUCAGGAUGGGACAGUUGGAGCCUGGUGGUGAUCUGUAGGAUCACAGCUAUCUACGAGUUUCUGUCAAAACGAUACUCGAGUCUCAGCAGUGACCUCACCUGUCACCUGCUGAGUGCAUGUUUGUCUGCAGCAGGUUUUAUGUGGUUAUGGAAAACCUGGAAAAGUUAUGGAAUUGAAGAAAAAUGUUUUGGACAAUUGUGAAAACCCAAAAUGUUUUUAAAAAGUGUAAUUUUAAAAUCACAUAGUACAUGACUGCGCUUAAGUACAGUUCUGAGCUAUUUGUACCUGAGAUAUGCCCAUACCCAUGUUCUGCUACCUCUUACUGUGACAUUUCUCCAUAUCAGAGACAAACCUGGUACUUUUUACUGCACUAUCUGUUUGUUGCCUGUGUCUGUUGUGUCCCGUCACUUUGUCGACACUGAGCAGUGAACAUGUGAGCGAAGUUAGCGCUGAUGACUAACAAGCACACAACAGCUGAGUCGAUACCACAGCGUCCUACUGCUUCAGUUUGGUCCAGUGAACACGGACAGUCCAAGUAAGAAGUAGCAGAAAAUGGAAAUACUCAAAAGUACCAAUAGCUCAAAACUAUACUUGAUGUUAGUGGAGUACUUUCUAUCACUGUAACAUUUUACACCAGGGGGAAAAAAGUAAUAGCAUCAAGUAAAACGAUUUUAAAAAGCAACAGUAUUGAUUAGGUGUUAGUAAAGAGUAAAUACAUUGUAUUUAUCAUAGGACCAAUAAAGGACCAAGUAGUUUCAGUUAUUAUGAGACUUUGUCCAGUUUGGUUGACCAGUUUGAGUUAGUGAACAGGACUGACUGGUGCGGACACUAGUACGGGCACAGUCCUGGGGAUAGCUGUGAAUGGUGAGGCUCUCGCUGUGGAGGGCAGACUGGGAACACUGGGGAGUCAGGAGGUUCACAUUACCACUGACAUCGUGUGUGCUGGAUGUGAGUCACCGUCCACCUUUUGAUAAAAAUCUUCUUACUGCUGAGAAAAGAAACCAAACUCCUCCUUCUCCUGAUUUUCUGCUGACUCAGGUAAUGAAUGAAAUGAAUGAAAGACUUUAUUCUCAUUGUAUGCACACAAUGGUACAAGCAACGAAAUGGAGUUGGUUGCUCAUACAAAUAAAGAACGCCCAGAAGAAGAUAAAUAAUAAUUCAAACUAAACAAUAUAAACAGGAUGAAAAAAUAAAAAAAAAACAAAAAAAAAAAACAUGGCUUUGUUUAGUUAAAAAGCUUCAGUGACAGAGCGACUCAGCAUCUGCUCAUCGUGCUGCUUAUACGCUUCAGAGUAAAGGUUCAGCGUGACAUCUGUGUGACCAAUCGGCUCCCUCAGAUAGAAACACACAGAUGUCUGCAGCCGCCGAGUUGCAGCAGGGCUCUGCUCCGGCCAUAGAAAGCACCGAAAUUUGUGCUGUAUUUGAAUGUUUUAAUGAAAUACAGCAAAGCAACACAUAAGAUUUCACAGCUGACAUUUUAUUAUGUUUAAUUUACUGUUAUAAAUGUCUUUUCCUGUGAUAAAUAUGAAGUCACAAGUGAGGCUUCUUUUAAUGGACUGGAGGCGGCUGCUUCCCAAGUCCCUUAUAUGGGGCCGCGUUUCCCUCACUUGCGUCUUUUUUCCCCCUUGCGUCCUGGUCCCACCCACCUAAGACACAAGGAAAAGAUGCAAGGACAAACUGAGGAACUGAGGAAGCAUGAUUUAAUUGACACCAGACGUCCUUUCCUUCAAUCCUCCAUGUGAACUGGUUUCUGAUAAAGGAGCUUGUCACUUCCCAUCAUGCUUCAUGUGGUAGUUAUUGUACAAACAAAAGGUCCCAUUCCAUUUCGUUGCACUUGUACAAUGACAAUAAAGAGAUCUGAUCUGAUAUGAAAUACCUGCCUUCAAUGCAAUGGGGUCUCAUUUUUGUUUAUUUUAAAUCAUAAUAUGAGAGGAGAGAUCAGCUUCUGUUAAAAGAAGCUUCCCAUCCAUGUGUGUCAGCGCCAUGUACCUGGCUCUGGUGUGAACACCG